AUGUCGGCCCCAGUUCAGUGUCCAGUUCAUCCAGAUGUUCAUCUCAUCGAAGAUCACCGUGCUGGCGACUUGGUCUGCCCGGCUUGUGGUUUAGUCGUUGGUGAUCGUUUGGUCGAUGUCGGUACCGAGUGGCGUUCAUUCUCCAACGAGCGAAGCGGAAACGAUCCGUCUCGUGUCGGAGCACCAGAGAAUCCGCUGCUCACCGGUGGAGAUUUGUCCACGACGAUUGCCGUCGGAUUCGGAGGCUCCGACAGCGACAACAGUUUGGCAAACGCUCAGAGAAAGUCAAUGAACAACACAGACAGACAGAUGACAGCGGCGAUGAGCUUGAUUCGUGAAAUGAGCGAGAGAAUUCAUUUGCCAAGAAAUAUUCAGGACAACGCUUCCCGUAUAUUCAAAGACGUUCUCGACAGUCGUGCUCUUCGUGGAAAAAACAACGAGGCUCAAGCAGCCGCUUGUCUGUAUAUCGCUUGCCGAAAAGACGGAGUUCCUCGUACAUUCAAAGAAAUUUGUGCGGUUUCUCGUGUCUCGAAGAAGGAAAUCGGUCGGUGCUUCAAAAUAAUCAUAAGAAAUUUGGAGACGAAUCUCGAGCAAAUCACAUCAGCCGAUUUCAUGUCUCGUUUCUGUGGAAACUUGUAUCUUCCGAACUCGAUUCAAGCAGCCGCCACGAGAAUCGCCAAACGAGCUGUUGAUAUGGAUUUGGUGGCUGGACGCACACCCAUCUCCAUCGCUGCCGCUGCGAUUUACAUGGCAUCACAGGCGUCUGGCGAGAAACGAUCAGCUAAAGAGAUUGGUGACGUGGCAGGAGCCGCCGAGAUUACUGUUCGACAGACGUACAAGCUUUUGUACCCGAAGGCUGCCGAGCUCUUCCCAGAAGACUUCCGCUUUGUCACACCGAUUGAAGCACUACCAAACUCAUAA